AUGAAUAAUAAAGUUAGCUCAAGUAUUAAUUCCAAGAAAGCACCACUGCAUUCUCAAAAUGGGAAGAAGAUGAAAUUGCAGGGAAGGAAAUUACAAACAACUGAGAAGGCCACAGCAAGAGAAACGAAAUUGGCCUUACUACAAGAUGUUGAUAAGCUGAAGAAGAAACUAAGGCAUGAAGAAAAUGUUCACAGAGCUUUGGAGAGGGCUUUCACUAGGCCCUUAGGAACUCUACCUCGUCUUCCUCCGUAUCUCCCUCAAUAUACUCUAGAACUUCUAGCUGAAGUAGCUGUUUUGGAAGAGGAGGUUGUUCGACUAGAAGAACAAGUUGUGAAUUUUAGACAAGGUCUCUAUCAGGAAGCUGUUUACAUAUCCUCCCGGACGAAUUCAGAGGAUUCGAUCGGUUCAUGCUAUGAUUCGUUGAUUACUAGUAAAAGAAAAAGUCAUUCAAGAUCUUUAUCCCAAAUAGAAGUUAAUCCGAGUUCAUCCUUGGCAAUGCCUUCACAUUCUCUGGCUAGAUGUGCUUCCAGUCGAAGGUUAUUAUCGUCUGAUGGUGUUUCCAAUGGCACGAGGAAUUGCUCAGAGAGGCCAGCAAAUGGAAAGCAAGCAGUAAAUAAAGCUAACAAAUCUUUAGAAGAUCGAUUAGUAAACGAGAAUAGAUCUUGUCCAAAUUCUGCCAAAAAUAGAGCACUAGAUGCCUCAGUGAAGAGACAUUCUGUGAAGCCUGAAUCAAUAGUAAAAAGUGUAAAUCCCCUGAAAAUGCAGUGUAGAAUUGUAGAACAGGCAAAGGAGAGUUCUUCUGGGUCUUCAGAGGACAUAAUGUUUGAUGUUGAAAACGAGACAAACAAGAUCUCGGAGGAUACGUUGAAGUGCUUGAUCAGCAUCUUUGUAAGAUUAAGCACAUCGAAAGGGAAGACAAUGGAUUCAAAGUCGUUUUCCUCUCUAGUACCCGGAGCAUUUAGUAAAAAUAGCGUGGAAUCAGACUUUCGAGAUCCUUAUUGUUUAACUUCCGAGUUCAAGAAGGACAUUGGCCCUUACAAGUAUUUUUAUUCAAUUGAAGCUGGCUCAAUUGAUCUCAACCAUAAAGCAAAUGCAUCAUUUCUGAUCCGUAGACUGAAGAUCCUGCUGGGAAAGUUAGCCUCUGUAAAGUUAGAGAGUCUAACCCACCAGCAGAAGCUUGCAUUUUGGAUAAAUACGUACAAUUCUUGCAUGAUGAAUGCAUUUUUGGAGCAUGGAAUCCCUGAUAAUCCUAAUAUGGUUGUAGAACUGAUGCAAAAGGCCACAAUUACUGUGGGGGGACAUUUGCUAACUGCAAUCAUAAUUGAGCACUUCAUAUUGAGACUACCAUAUCACUUAAAAUAUACUUGCUUGAAAUCUGGAAAACAUGAUGAAAUGAAGAUUCGUAGCACGUUUGGUUUGGAGUGGUCUGAACCAUUGAUCACAUUUGCACUCUCUUGUGGAAGUUGGUCCUCUCCAUCUGUGAGGGUGUACACAGCACCUUGCAUUGAGACAGAGUUGGAAGCAGCAAAAAUAGAUUAUUUACAAGCAGCAGUUGGCAUUUCAUCGACUAACAAGUUAAUGAUACCAAAAUUAUUAGAUUGGUAUCUUCUAGACUUUGCAAAGGAUUUGGAUGCAUUGCUAGAUUGGGUAUGCCUACAGCUACCAGACGAACUCAGGAACAAAGCAGUUAAGUGCCUUGAAAGAAAAGGAAGAGAGUCUCUCUCAAAUUUAGUACAAGUGAUUCCUUAUAAUUUCAAUUUCAGUCUUUGCGUUUCUUGGAGCUUUUGA